UAAAGUGUCCAAACGUAUUAAUAUUUUAGUUUUUCCUUCUCGUAAAUAUUGUAGAAAUUUCGUAUACGAGAAUUACUAGUGGGCAAAAGCCCUAUCGAUAAAUAUGAGUAUCAGAAAAUUAUUGUGUUGUUUCAUUUGCAAUCGUUGUCCUGAUUCCGGGGACACUUCGUCUACCGUAUCGAACGAGGCGAAAAAUAAUAAAAACUAUUUAAAAUCAGGGAACGGUCUCAUUGAUUGGAUACGUUUGGGCAACUCGGGGGUUGAUCUGACCGGGGUCGGCGGCCGCGUGCGGAUGAUACACCCUUCAGAACUCAAGCAACACAAUACUAAAAAUGACGCAUGGCUGGCAAUUCGAGGACGCGUUUAUAAUAUAACGCAGUACCUUCCUUUUCAUCCAGGAGGAGCAGAGGAACUAAUGCGCGGAGCUGGCAGAGAUGCGACGGAAUUAUUUGACAAAAUUCAUCCAUGGAUCAAUUACGACUCUCUCCUCGUCAAAUGUUUGGUCGGUACACUCCGCGUCGAAACUCAAGACAUAUUUUUCGACGCGAACGAUUCUUUUCCUGAAUCCGACCUUCUCUUACCUUCGUCAGUAACUCGAGAGAGAAUCGUCAUUAGAAACCAAUUAACAAAUUACACAACUCCUCCAAGAAAGAAACAACCGCUUAUCCCAGAAGAUGAUUUUCUAGAUGCGCUCAACACAAGUGUAGAACUUGAAGAAUUAUCUUUACCCGGAUAUCUUGGAAGUUUAAAAGUGUUUAAAAAAGAAAUGCCUCCAGAAGAUGUACCGCCAGCUCUGUUCUACGAUUGGGAGCAAACUAUUAAUCAAUUAACUAUCACAGUGUAUACAGGUCCUUUGAGCAAUCCGGGCGCAUAUUCGCGUGUUACGGAACGUAAUUUGCUCAUCGAAGUUACGAUAAACGGUUGGUUGCGGACCAUUAAGGUAUUAUUAGAAGAAAAUGUACAAGAGCAGUUGCAAACCAAAGUGUGUUAUCAUAGCGGAAAAAUAGAGAUAAAAGCACAGAAAAUAGAGAUUAAAACAUGGAAGAGUUGCGGCGAAAUAAUCAUAGGCUCGCCGACUAAAAUGACAUCACAUAAAAUACUCGACUACAAAGUAGUUCGUAAUAAUAUGUUAACUCACGAUAGUUGGAUGUUGACGAUGGCUCCACGCACUGGAUGUAUUGCUUUACCUCUCGGACAUCACAUAAGAGUUCACCAGACUAUAGCUGGCUCCGAAUACGUAAGAUCUUAUACUCCAGUAAACGAGUACUGGGAUGAAGAAACCGCAAACACUGGAGAUUUACGUCUUGCAGUAAAACGGUAUGACAAUGGCAUCCUUUCUCCGAUGCUCACCUCACUGAAUCCCGGGGAAAUACUCAAAGCUGCAGGACCGUAUGGCACAUUUCAACUACAUAGAUUGAAAUCUACGAAAACAAUAUAUCUAUUAGCAGCUGGGACAGGAAUUACGCCAAUGCUUGGCCUUAUUACAUUUAUGCUGACGAGAUCUAACCCCAAAUGUGAUAACGUUCAUCUAUUAUACUUUAAUAAGACAGAAAAAGAUAUCAUGUUUCAUGACAAAAUGACACUGUUGGCAAAUGAAGAUAAAAGAUUCAACGUAAUCCACAUACUUUCAAAUGCCGGUGACACGUGGAAAGGUCGUAAAGGACGUAUUAGCGCGAAAAUUCUGCCAGAAAUAUUUGGAGAGCAUACCAUAGACUACGAUGAUGACACGAGUUUUGCUUGUAUCUGUGGACCAAAAGAGUUUACCUUCAUUUCUCUCAGUAUUCUAAAAAAUCUAGGAGUGGAAGAGAGCUUCAUACAUGUUUUUAUAGGUUAAAUGUUACUAAAUACUGAUACAGUAUGCAUUUUUUAUUUAAAAUUUCUAUAAUGUGCU